AUUUACUUCUCUUUGAAUUCACAAAUACCCUCUUAGGUUUUUGUAUUUUUUAAAGUUUUAUUUCUUUGAAUACGAGCCCUGCUAGCAGCAAAAUUUCAUCAGAUAGUUGAUCUUCUGGCAAGUUCCGAGAUAAAAGCUCUCAAGUAGACGGUCAAAACGGGGGCAAAAGCUCUUCUUUACUAGUUAUGAGAGGCAAUCCCACAAUAAAGCGGGACUGAGGAGUAUUAAAAGAGUGGCUUUCUUUUUGAAGUAUUUUCUUUACUUUUGGGAGUAUUUUUCGUUUUUGAGGGGUGGUCAAUUUAAGAGCCAAGGGACCACAAGAAACUCCGGAGCAAGAAGUGGCACAGAUAGCACACACUGCUCAAAUUUAUGAUACUGAACACAUAUGGAUGUAUUCAGUAACCUAAAUGGAUCUUUUUCUUGGUUCAUAAAAAAUUAGAUGGCUAAGCAACUCUCAUUUGCUCUCAAGCAGUGUGUGAACUCAAAGUUCACUCCAUUGGCCAAGAUGGUUCAUGCCCAUGCUCUUAAACUAGGCAAUCUAUCAGACGUACAUCUGUGCACGCAUGUACUGAAUGCUUACUGCAGGUGUGCGGUUAUGCUUGAUGCAUGCCAACUGUUCGACGAAAUCUCUGUUGAGGAUGAGCAACACCUAUUGUUGGAUGUUGUAUGCUGGAAUUCAAUUAUAUCCGGCUGUGUUCAGAAUAGAAUGGAGGAAGAGGCCUUCUGCCGUUUCAAACACAUGCAGUUCUACCAUUCUCGUUAUAGCAGCAGCGGUAAUUUGGAGGACUUGCGUCCUGACUCCUAUACACUCUCAAGUCUAUUGUCCUCCAAUUACUGUCUACAGAGAAGCAUCAGCCCUGGUGAACAGCUUCAUGGAUAUGCCAUCAAGACUGCCAUUCUCUCGAGCCUUUCUGUAGGGAAUGCUCUGAUAACCCUGUAUGCCAGAUGGGUUAGGCUUAAAGAAUCAAGGCUGGUUUUCAAAUCUAUGCCAGAGCUAAAUAUUGUAUCAUGGACUGCAUUGGUAUCAGGCCAUGCUCAACUGGAAGGUCAAGAAGAAGAGGCUCUUAGGAUGUUUGUUAUUAUGAUGAGAGAAGGGGAGCAGCAGCCAAAUCAAUUCACACUUGCCUCAAUUUUCAGUGCAUGUGCAAGAUUGGCUUCCCUCUCUCAGGGGGUGCCAUUUAUCGCAGUUGCCCUGAAGUUGGGCCUUCUUUCUGACAUCCAUAUCCAGAAUUCACUUGUAGGGUUCAACUCAGAGUGUGGAUCCAUGGAAGAAGCUGAGGCUGUAUUCAAUGGCAUAACUAAUCCUGAUCUUGUAUCUUGGAACUCUCUCCUUAAAGGUUACUCCCACCAAGGGACAGCUGAAAAAGCACUCAAAGUUUUUAAGGAGAUGAGCAUGAGAGGUGCGAUCCCAGACACUAUCACUUUCCUCUCCGUCCUGUCUGCAUGCAGCCACACAGGGAUGGUGUCAGUAGGUCUAAGCCUCUUCAGAAGCAUGAAGGAAGACUAUGGGAUUGAGCCAGAGGCAGAGCAUGUUUCUUGCAUUGUUGACCUGUUGGGACGUGCUGGUCAGCUUCAACAUGCAGAAGAGCUUAUCAGGGGUAACCAACAAAAACUUGGUCCUUCAGUGUGGCGUACACUGCUUGGAGCCUGCCGAUUACAUGGCCAGGAAGAACUCGCAGAAUUAGCUGCGUCAAGACUUCUUGAGUUGGAACCCUGUGAUACAGAAGCUCACAUUGUGCUCUCCCACAUCUAUGCAGCAAGCGGGAGGUGGGAUAUGGUGGCAAAACUUAGAUGCUCACUUAAGGAGAAAGGAAUGGUAAAGGAGCCCGGCAACAGCUGGAUUGAGUUUGGGAACCAGGUGCAUUCCUUUAUGGCAGCAGACUCGAGCCAUCCACAGAUAGAUGUCAUUUACAAUACACUCUUGCUGCUUACUAACCAUACCAAAGAGCAGAUUAUUGAGGUUCCACUACAGGAACCGUGAAAUUAGAAAGAGUAACAGGUAAUUUCAAAGUUCUGAACUAUGACAAAUGUGCAAAACUGGAUCUGCAAAGGUGAUGGCAUGAGCAAUGUUGGUUCUCUUUCUAAAACUUGUAAUUACAUGAUAAGUUCCUCUAUAAAUAGAUGCUUAUCAAUUCAAACAUGAACAGUUGAUCUACUACAAGAAUUCCAACGACAAGUUACUUUUGUUGGUGGAGGUGCUGAGCAAUCCAAAUAAGAUAAUCAUGGGCUGUUCUACUCAUAGGAGAACUCCUCUGGCAUGUUACAAAGGGCUCGCAUUGUACUGCUGGCUACAUCCAUCAACUGUAAAUAUUCAUCUGCUCCAUCAACAAGACGCUGCACACCCCAGAAUAGCAAAGUGAGGAAUGUGCCCCAGUAAAUGUUUAUAAUUUCCUUUGAUAAUCAAAAAAGGAAAGGAAACAGAGACAAAAUUCUGCUAGUAAUCAGACCAUUUGGAAGCAAACAACAAUUAUACAUAGAAAAACUAAUUGUAAAUAGUGAAUGAAAAGGAGAAAGUAAUGUGGCUAUAGAUUGGGGUUUUGCUACUAUGGCCGCCUUUUUGAGCAAUUUGAACAUUUUUUUCAAUGACUCAGUUCUAGACCAAGUGUAAAUAUUUCAGCAUCUUGAUAGAAACUAAGUCUCAUUUUUGUUA